UCUCAAGAGCGUCACUCUGGAAGCGGUAAUCAGCGUCAACAAAAUGGAGGGGGGGCAGUACACACAGAGGCGCUACUUGUUCUGCUAUAUUUACGUGCUUCUCGGACGUACUUUUGCGCUUUUUGUGAACGAUAACAACAAGAGCAAAUUUGUCAUUUUGUUUUCUCUUACUUCACAUGAGAACGCCUCCUUGUAACCAAUCACCUCUUCAGGUUAAGGUGGUCACGUGAGAUGCUCUUCGAUGCAGUGGGGAUAUCGCUCAAUCAAGUGAUUAGGCCGACAGUUCAGCAGGAGAUGAACAACCAGGCUUCGCCGGCCGUUUUUCUUUCUCUGUUUGCUCUAAGGCUUCCACAAGUGUGCAAUUUUGAGAAGCAUGCUGAGACCGUUUUCAAAAGCGACGAAAAUGGUCCAGGAUGCACUCCAAAAUUGGUUUUGCUUGAGGUGUGAGCAUGAUCUAACUUGUUUGCCUAGCAAAUUUGGCCGUAUCAUCUGGAGCACUUUUCUGAGUUUCCGCGAAG